CUUUAAGUGCCUACAUACUUUUUAGUUGUUCUCUCCGAUCGAGCUACUUAUUACAUCACUACUGUAAAAUUAAACGAUUUUCAUCUGUUGGAAUUUUGAUAACAAAUAGGACAUUUUCGAUUACGUGUCGCCCUAUAAUUUCAGUAAAUCAGAAAUUCGUUAUCAGUUAACAAAUAUCGUUUGUUAUAAUAAAAAUUAACGAUGAUUGAACGACAUUAGUUUUAAAGUCAAAUAUUAACAGUGGCAACGUUACUGUCCAAUCGCGAGGUGAACGAAAAAAAUGUCGCAAAACGUUAAACAAGUGGACGUACUAUUGGCCCCCGUUUUAGGGCCAUACAAUCAACUGGUCAAUUAUCAGAUGAAACCAUUGCAUACUGGUAAUGAAUUCAAAAAUCCCGUUUACUCGUUAGUCGCGAAAGUGAAAGAUGUUGACAGUCAUAAAGAGAAGACGCUAAAUAUUGUUGUUAAAGGAUUUCCAGUUUCGAGAAACCCUAGAGCACUUUAUGAUGUGGAAGUUUCUUUUAAAAAGGAAAUUGGAAUUUAUGAUAAAUUUGUCAAUGCCAUUCACGAAUUUCAUGAAGAAUACGGAAUAUCAAAUAAAUUCGACAUGCUACCGCUAUAUUAUGGUUCCAGACUAAGUUUAGACCCUAGAGCAAAUGCACCCGAUGAGAAUGGUGUUAUUUUAUUGGAAAAUUUAGGUGCGUCUGGAUUUAAGGCUGUAGAUCGUACUGUUGGGUUUGAUUUGCAAACGAUUCAAACUGUUUUACAUGAUUUAGCAGCAUUUCAUGCCAUUCCACUGGCCUAUAGGCUUCACAAACCGCAAAAAUUUAAGCAAGCUUUGUUACCCCUUCUAACCCCCAGCGAGAGCUCUACCUUAAGGAAAUUCACCGCAAAUGAAGAAGAUUCACUUCGACAACAAAUUGUUAAAUCUGCGGUAGAAGGUCUUCCAAGAUGUGCUUUGCUAGCUCCAAGGAUUACACAGGCUCUGGAAGCUGCCCAAUCACAUUUUAAAAAGCCUCCUCCUGUGAACGAACAGUAUGCCACAUUAAUCCACAACAAUUUGUGGCUGGAAAACGUAUUGAUUAAAUUCACUGGGUCGAAACCGAUCAAAAGUAAAUUUGUCGAUUUCAAAAUUGCUACAUACGAUUCCUUAGCCAAAGAUCUCAUCUUCUUGCUAUUUAGCAGUGUCCAAAAGCCCGUGUUGGAUGUUCAUUUUGACGAACUCAUUGAGCUGUACCAUAAGGCUUUCAUACAAAUGUUGCAACGUUAUGAAUGCGAUGUUUCUGCUUACACAUUGCAAAGCUUGUACAGUGAAAUUGGAAGAGUUAUUCGAACAUCGGAGGUUCUGCGUCUGUCUUUUAUUUUGAAAAUUGUGUACGCUGAACGAGGUGUUCCUAAAAACGGCGGAAAUUUCGAUUUAGACAAGUUGGCCCACCAUUCUGAGGGCCAAGAAUACAAAAGAAGACUUGCAGAAACCAUCAAUUUUUUGGCCGAUAGAGAUUGGAUAUAGAUUUAUCAUCACUACUAACUACUACUAUUAUAUGUUUCCUUCAUAUCUGUAUUUUAAAGAAUUACUGUAAUCAUUAUUAACCGCUAUAUAAAGAUAACAUUGUAACUUCUUUUUCUGCCAAUAAAGUUAAUGUACUCGUAUUA